AUAAAAAGCCCCAAUUCUCCUCCCUCUCUUUCUCUCUCUACUUUCCAUCACUCUGCAUCGACGCCCUCACACAACUCUUCUAGAUUAUCCAAACAAUCAUCGAUCAAAAUCAUCCCAAAAAUCAACUUUCUGGACAGUGGUAUCAUUAGGGGAAAAUGGCGACUUUCGAGCUGUACAGGAGAUCCACGAUCGGGAUGUGCUUGACGGAAACUCUGGAUCAGAUGGUUUCUAGUGGAGUGCUGAGCCCGGAACUCGCCAUUCAAGUUCUUAUCCAAUUCGACAAGUCAAUGACAGACGCUCUGGAAAAUGAGGUGAAGAACAAGGUUUCAAUUAAGGGGCAUCUUCACACCUACAGAUUCUGUGACAACGUCUGGACCUUCAUCGUACAAAAUGCUCAGAUCAAGAGCGAGGAAGGCCAGGAAACUGUCGGGUCUGUCAAGAUAGUCGCGUGUGAUUCGAAGCUGCUGACUCAGUGAAAGGACACAAGGAUGGAAUUCCUAUGAAGUUCCAUUUUUAUCUGCUUUUACUGAUGAAAUGGGCCUAAAGAAAAGAGAAACUUACAAAACAUGGGAGUUAUUCGAUGGCGAUGACCGCGGUGGUGGCGCCGUGCAGCCAUAAUAAGAUGUACACUGUAAUGGCUCGUGCCUUGUAAUCGACCUCUCUUGCUUGGGGUUAGACUUCUGUUUUCUUGAGUGUUUUUUUUUAUUUGUA